GCAGUUUGCAUCCAGAAAGCAACGAGUCAAGAGUCAGGAGUCCUGAAGCUGCUAGUGAUUUCGUCAUUGAGCCGCAAUAUUCGCCGCCCAUAUCCACGGUUCCCCACCCGCCCACCGACCCAUCGAAGGCACGGCAGCCCUGAGCUACGUUUGGAUUAAAGCCGAGACUGGCUUUGACUGCUCAUUGAAGUGAAGAUUGCCGGAUAGGUGGGUGUGUUGUCACCACCUUCAUUAUCAUUAUUAUUAUCAUCAUCAUUUGACUCACUGAGUUGGCUUGUCGAUUGUUCCGGCCAAACCAUCCGCGCGUUUGUUCGAUAAGCGUCGCCGUUGGUGUCUUUCCCUCCUCGUUGACCCGUUUACCUUCCCUGGGUUCGAUCGCGUUGGCUUUCAAGAUUCAUUUCCUACUCGCACCAUGUGUCCACUUCGGCAUUCCUCCGCAUGCACAAUGACCAUACGAAGAUCUUUACCCACGCCCACCCCAACGACGCCCACUGCUGCCCUCGCCGCCGCGUCUAAAGCCGUCUCAGCCCGUGUGUUCGGUUGCGGUUGCGCUCGCUUGGCCCGUGAUUCGGGUUCCGGAGUGGCUCCUCGCUCGCCUGUCAUGACUGAAGGCUCCGUGGCCUCCUUCGCCCCCGAGAAAGAUUAUCGUGUGCCCCCUCAGUUCGUGGAAGAACAGACUCUCCAACAGCCCAGCAAGCAAAAGACUCCUCGUGAUUAUAGCCGUGACUUUAGUAGUGACUUGGCCGCCGUGGGCUUCAGUGAGCCUGGCUCCUGCGCCUUUGCCCCGUUGAAUAAUCAAGGCCAGGCCGUGUCCCCCCGUGUGCCCGUAAAGAUUUUUCAGUCCGCUCAGCCUCGCGUGUGCGUGUAUUAAGUGCCUUCGAUUCAUCAUGGCUGUCAGUGAGGUGAUUAAGCGCGAGUGAAUGUCGAGUGUUUGAGGACAAGUCUAGAAAAGGUUCUAGCUCCCCACCCCGCAGCUCGUGUGUCUCAUUGCCCAUUUCACGGGCUGUCUGCGGUGUUAUUCCUUUCAUCUCAUCGGGCCUUGACUCUAUCGAGACCAAGGCCUGUGUGUUUCACGUGUGUAGUAGUUUUUCAUCCAUUGUGUUUCGAUUGAGCGCAUUGAUCGAUCCGCGUGGAUCCUCUUUGCCUCAAGAAGCAGGCUGUUGUUCUGAGCGAGAAAGUCUCAUCUCAAGCAGCGAUUAAUCGUUAACCGGCAAGUCCAUCUGGCUAAAACAGAAGGUGACUUGAGGUGUUCGGAUUAAUCGCCCCCACCACCAUUCAUUCAGAACACUAAAAGAUUAGUGGGCGCCUUUCGCAAAGAAUUCGUUUCGAUUGGCCCAAACCGAAAGAAAAAAAAAGCGAAGAGAAGAAGAAGAAGAAGGAAGCAUUAAAAACCAGCUCUUGUUCUGCUUUAAGUCAUUUAUCGUAUCAUCAACUUGUAUCACUGUUGUUCCUAAUUCACUCCCAUUAACAUAGUUCUAUCCAUAUAUUCAAUUGAUCAUUCAUCCCCCUGUUUCCAAAAAGGAAAGUAAAUAUGCCACCCGUACAUCGAGCUCAACCCCGGAUUCAAGAUCCCCGAGUUAUCGAACUCGAUUCCGACGACGAAUCCAGUCUUGUGGUGGUGCAACAACCGCGUCGAUUGAAGCCCACCCUCAUCGAAGAACCCGUGUCAAGCUCCAUGAUGACUAACGCAUGUCCCAGGGAUGCCAAAACUGGCGUGGCUCAGACCAUCACCGUUCCUCACUUGAAAGAGGCCGAGUUUGCACUCAUGGACAAGAUCCGACCCGUGAGAAUGCGUCGAUUUCGACGAUCUUCGACCAAUAGUCAGUCGUCGUCCUCUGACGAGAAGCCGCCCGUGACUUCCACCGUUCAGAUCUUCAAUCAGGAUGUCACGUAUCGUCAAAGCGGGUCCAUCGUUCACUUCAAGUUGGAGUCCAUAUUGGAACUCAUCCAACAGAUCAUUCCCCUGUCCUCGGAUAUUCGCGAGUGCAAGGCCGUCGUGAAAUUGGUCCAAGAAAAGGCCGACGAGAGCUCUUGGCGGAAGGACUUUGUGUCCUGGUCAGCACUCAAGAGCCUCAUUCAUGAUGGCAUCUACAAUCAAGCCAUCAAGGAUAUGUUGAACACCUACCAGCCCUUCGAAGAUCGAUCACCUAAAACCAAGGAUUCUCGUCUAGUUGACGAUACUAUCACCAUCGUGGGUGUGGAAAUUGCCUUCAUCGUGUGUAAGGGCAAGAUAUACCUGGAGAUUCUCGGAUCGUUCACCAUCUUGGGGGAACUCAAGCUGGCCAUGCGAAACAAAUGGCAACCUGUGGACAAGAUCUUGAGUGAUCACGGCAUCCGUCAAAGGGAGGCCUUCCGGCGGUGCUACAAAUCCACGGCCGCCACAGAGAAGGCCUCGUACAGUCAGCGAUCUCACAUUGCUCUGACGAGCUUGCAAGUGCUGGUCCAAUCCGAUCUCUUGUCCAGUCCAGAACGGAAAGAGAUGCUCUUGAAAUUGUUUGAUCACAUCGAGAAACGCGCCGAUUUUAUCAGCAAACGCCGUGAUCGCCUCUUGAGUGAGCUCCAGCUUCACAUCGACAUGAUUUUACGAUCCAGCUCUUACACCCCACGAACGAGUUCCCUGUCUUCCGAGGAUGAUGAAAUCCGUUAUUUCACGGCCUCUUCCGAGGACGAAUCCAUGCCCAGUGGUUCUGAAGGAGGUGGCGGGAUGAACUCAGGCACCGAAUCUUGCGGGAGCAGUUGUGGAAGGCAGUACCAUUUUACCACCAAAUGCUGCGCGGACGAUCAUUUCCUUCAACUCGACGAUAAAUCCGUGGGAUUCAUCAUCAAAGGCGGCGACAUUUUUUUGGAAAAAUGUUCCACGUUCGCAGCCUUGGGACGAAUGUACGUGAUACGAUGCUCAGAUUACCGCAAAGCCGACAAGAUUCUCACCUUGAUGUCAUUGGAUCCCGACCAGCACUAUUUGUACGAGAAGCGUAACUACAUUAGCGACAAGGCACCUAGAAAUCGGCGAACCCACAUCUCACUAACCGCGGUCAAAAUUUUGGUGGGGCAAGGCUUUGCCGACCCCACCAAGACCUUGGCCCUCAAGGAAUCCUUGAAGGCGGUGGAAGCUGAGAGCGAGAGGUUGAAAGCCACUUGCCAGAGCCCACUACCAGCUGACGUAUUGUCACCCGUCGCGACCCACGCGGCGACUUUUGCGUCCACCCGUCCCAUUCAGUUGAAAGCGGAGGAAGCGCCCCAGCCCUUGAUGGCCAAUGGAGACGAUCUAAUCAUGCGCAAAGUGUUGGGAAGAGACAUCCCGUCUCGAGUGGAACACAGCAAGAUCUUUCUCCACUUGUCAAGCGUGUCCAAUUUCCUAUCAGACGAAGACCGCCUUGUGCCCAGGUUAAAGCGACGGGCUCGACUCCUGGAUGUGAAGUUCCCGUUUUUUCCCUCGUAUUUCAAGAAGGGAGCGGAUCAGUUCAUCGCCGCCGAGUGUCUGUUCAAACUAAUCGAGAGGAAACUCGUCUCUCCCUUGGGAGGUCAAACCGAGCUCUUAAAGGAUGAUUUGAAAAGGCUUAUAACUGAAGAGACGGCCAGUCUAAAGGCCAGGAAGGAAGGUGCACAUCCCGCCGGCGGCAAAUCUGUCAGUCCGGGUCGGAUGAACUUCUACAACGACGAUGAGGAUGACGCUGAUGCCGAUGAUGACACAGAAGACGGAGGAGCCGAAGAGAUGGGACUGGAAGACAUUCAUGACGCCUCAAUCAGCUUUCUAGAUGAUAAGGCUCGAGUGCGAAUACUUCAAGGCUAUGUUCCUUUCCAAUUGGUGAACGAUGUCAUAUAUUUGGACUUGGCCUCCAUCUUUACCCUGUUCCAUUCAAGUGGGAAAGAGCCCACGACGAGAUCAUUCCGGGCCAUGGAUCGAUUAGUUGAGCAAGCUAAGAUCUGUUUGGACGAUGCCUUUUUGUAUGAAGGCCGUCGACGGGCAUUCGUCUCGACUUCGGCCUUGAAGGUCCUCGUUCAGAACACGUUUUUCUUGGGCAAUAAGUCGGGUCAUUCGAGGCAGUUCCUCGAUCGACUCGAUGAAUUGGAGCAAGACAAAGCCAGCCUGAAGGACAAUCGCAAACUCACUCUGAAAUCCUUUGAGAGUGUGGCCUUUCGUCUGAUCAAGGGUCACGUGUAUUUGAAUACCUUGCAAAUCAUGAAGCUAAUCGGAUUCAGUCCCAAGUAUUUGGACCACAAUCCCUCCAAGGCUUACUUUAUCAUCUGCAAGCUGCUGAGUCAGCGGGGCCUCAAUCUAGAGAGUUCCUUCGCUCGACAAGGCAAGUCCAAAUACUGCAACAUCUCCCUCCACGCUCUAUUCUGUUUGUUCGAGACCGAGUUCGGGCCGUUCAAAGACAAGACCAAAGUCAACUUGCUCAAGUCGGAAAUCCUCGAAGCGAUGAAUGAGCAGAACUGUGUGCCUGAUGUCCAUUUGUUGCAGAAAUUGGGUGAAGAAGGUGCCAACGAUGCCACCUCGGAGAAGAUGAUCAAGAUCGGCUCCGGUUUCAAGCCCAUUCGCUACAAGAUCAAGGACAAUGUACUCUUCCUCCAGCGACGAGCUUGUUUCGACAACAUCGGAUUGGAAAAGGCGAUCAUGACCUGCACUCGGGGCUACACGCCCAUCAAUGACAUCUUGAGCCGAAAUGGUUUCGACCUGACUCAAAGCUACCUGGGGGGUAAACGCGAGCGCUUCGCUUUCAUCUCCGUUCAAGCCUUACUCACCAUUCUGGACGCUCAGGAGCCCAUGAUUGUGUGUCUCGAAAACAAGGAGAAAUUCAUCGAAGCCCUCUUGACCACCUUCCAAUCCGGAGCUGCUCACGCACUCACGUUCAACAGUACCAAAGCCGAAGCCGAUCUUCCCGCUGUCCAUAAGCUCAUUCUGAUGACUUGCAAUCAGGCGAUCCCUUUCAAGAUCUGCGGAAAUCGCAUCUAUCUGUCCCGGCACAUCAGCUAUGGGUUUGCUGGCCUCUAUGACAAAGCUGAGGGAACCUCGUGUCAUGGGGAAUAUGACAUCUUUGAGGACCCGGUGACCCCGCUGAAGGAUCGAGGUCUCCAAGGCAGUGAUUGCUUCCUGAAUGAUGGCGGAGACAACUUUGCCUACAUCUCAAUUGACGGGCUCCUCGUCUUGAUGAACUUGGAUGGCGACAUCUCACGAGCGGGUGACUACAACAGACUGAUUUGGAAGAAUCUCCUCGAGGCCAUUGGCAUGGAAUCGCCGAAACUUCGAGUCCACAUCAAGAUGACCGAGUUCAAGCGAGACCUCAUCCAAACUCUGCUCACCAAAUUCAUCAACUUUCUGGAGAAUGCCAAGGCGAUUGAAAAUCGAGGCGAAGACUUUGUGGAAAUCGUCGAUCUGGUCACGGAAGCUGAAGAAACCGAGGAGGAAGACGAGGAAAUGGCCGCCCUGAUUAAACGCCCUCGUUUGAGUAGCGGUUCCAGUUCCCAUUCCAAUGAAGGUGGAGCUAAACGCCGUCGUCUUUCGGACUCGAGCGGUAUCCUGGCCGAGGAUUUAGAACCUGGAGAAGCCGAAUACAUCAAUAAGUUGUUGCAACAUUCUGGAAUUGGAGCAGGAGCCUCCACCGCUCCACGAGCCUUGGGAACACGGUCACCAAGUUCCAAUUCGGAAAUGUCCGAUCAAGGUGUCGGCGAGUCUCCAAAUGAACCCUUGUCAGCCAGAGAUUAUUUCACCCUAAAAGAAAGCACUAAUGCCAAUUUGACCAAGAACAUGAUUGGCGACUGGCACGUGGUCCAAUGCGACGAGGCUAUCAUGCGAUUUGUCGUGGAGCCAGGCAAUGGAGCCUCUCGUAAAAUGUCGUUCAUUCACCCAGAUGUGUCGGCCAUUUUGCGCUAUGAACUCACCUUGAAACCCUCGGUCGUACCUCACUUGCUCAUCAAUCAUCUGAGCGUCUCUCCCAAGAUCAUUCAGAAACAUGUGCAUGAUUGCGUUCAAAAAGGCAUUCUCAACCUGCUGUACCAGAUUCUCACCCUACGUCCUUGCUUCGGCUCGUUUGCUCCGGAAAUGGUGGAAACCGUGGCCAAAGACCCAAGGAAGCCCGACAUGUUCGUGGACAAAACCUUCAUCGGGUCGAGUCAGAAUGGUCGCACUUACGCUGGAACGGUUCGUUCGCGUCAGUGUCGAGUUCUGGCGCAAAGCCGCGUGAGCGACACUUGCAAAGAGUGCUCGAGUCUCAAGGACUUGGUCAUCAAUCGUUCCGUUUUGGGAGAGAAUGAUAGUGAAGAGUUCCAAAACCUGUCCAAGACCUCGACCGCCAUCCCGUCAGCCAAAGCUCUGCGGAAACGCACCACCUCACUCUCCACUGAUGGAAAGUCUCAUCAUAAGAGUGUGUGGAAAUUGGAGGGGACCUCUCCCGACGCCGGAUGUACGUUCGUGUGUCCUCAACUGCAGAGCUAUAACACCAGUCUUCCUCACCAGUUCUCGGGACUGAAACAAGCUAGUUCAAUUGUGGAACAUCGGGUCCAUAUUUCUCACGACCUCAAGGCCACCAUCAGUCUCAAUGGCGUUCCCAUUGCCAAAUCCAUGCCGGACUUUGAACGGAACAAACAGAUCGCACCCUUGCUCGAAGGGGUGGCCUCUUUCCGUUUGUGUGUGGGCUAUCCAGAUCCCGAAUUGACCCAUCAUGCCCGAUAUCUAAAGGCCAACCACGAAGUCCUUCAACCCACCAUUCGCAAGUUUUUCCGACAUAUCGAAGUGGAUGAGAACUUCAAAGGAAGCAUGAUGGUUCGCGGAAGUUCAGGGUCAGAGCACAACCGAGAGUUCCAGGGCACUAUCCGGACUCCCAGUUGUCGAUAUCUCGCUGGCGAACAUUCCGACAUUUGUGACGAAUGUCGUCUCCUUCAAGAGCCAAUUGAAUUUCUCGGGCUUUAAUAUCAAUCAUGCUAACUGUGAGUUUUUUGUCAAUCCCUUUGGUUUAUCGCCGCACUGUAAAUAUACUAGGAUCAACUUUUU